AUUGAAAUAUUAAACAAAUGGGUUGUGUAUCGAGUAAAGAUUAGCCCCAUUAACAAUUCAAUAUCAAAUUACCUGAUUCAAUCAAUCAAACUACUCUCCAAACAGAUUUAGAUUUAUCUGACUCUUAAGAUUAAUAUUUACAAAUUGGAAUGAAUAUUAGCAGUCUGGGGGAGCUUCAUCCUAAAGUUCAACAGGUGCAUCAAGAAUUGGGAGAUUUAUUCCAAAAUCUUUAAGGCCAGUAUAUGCUGAUGCCGGAUCAAAGUAUAUUUUACGGACAAACUCUCAAUGGGAAGAGGAAUGGCUAAGGAAAAUAGCACUGGUAGAAGGAGGGCAAUUUUUUAGAAGGGACUUGGAUCGAUAAUCAACUAAAUGGAAGAGCUAGGAUGAUUUAUCCAAAUGGCGAUUAUUUCGAUGGCAAUUUUGUCAAUAAUGUGGCUAAUGGCAUUGGCAAAUUUGUGAAUUCUCGAAAAGAAGUGAGGGGAUUUUGGCUUAAUAAUAAAUUGAUUGGAGAAGGCACUGAAAUAAGAAAAAAUGGAACAACUUAUGUGGGACAAUUUUAAGACGGCAAAAUUCAUGGACAAGGCAAAUUUGAAUUCGCUAAUGGAUGUGUCUAUAAGGGUACUGUGCAUAAAGGAAAGAUGCAUGGUAAUGGAGAACUUAUUUUCAACGACAACACCAGGUAUGUUGGAGAAUUCAGAAACAAUUGCAUCCAAGGUAGUGGAAUCUAUGAAGCCAACAUUCCUAUUUAAGGUUGGUUUCACUCAAAAUAUGAACAUUAAACUAUGUUUCUUUAUUUUUUCAGACAAGAAACACCAGUCUUAAUUGACAACCAAGAUUGCGCUCUAAUUUAAAAAUAAUUAAGUACUUUUUUUGAUUGAAUAAUAUACUUUUCUUUAUCUAUUAAAUUAGUAUCAAUUCUAAAAAA